AACGGCUCUGUCCGGUAGGGGGCAGUAAUGCGCCUCUCGCCGCUGAUCGUGCGCCAGACUCGUCUCGAGCAGAAGAAGGAAGUGACAUUCUUAAGUGUCCUUGUGCUGGAGCGGCUUCCUGAAGGAGAAAUUAUCACAAUGUUUAGGCACUUACGGAGCCUGCAGCAGGUCUCCAGACGGACUCUGUCCAGCUCUGCUCGCAGACCGCUGGAGAACAAGGUCCCUCACAAGCAGAAACUGUUUCAGGAAGACAAUGGCAUGCCGGUUCAUUUGAAGGGAGGCACGACAGAUGCUCUCUUGUACAGAGCAACCAUGGCCCUUACUGUCUUUGGGUGCGGUUAUGUGCUGUAUUCACUGAUCGAUGCAGCGCUGCCCAAGAAGAAGAACUGAACGUGCUCCUCUGUUCAUGUGUCUGAGCUGUAAAGAUCUCUAAUCCUCAGAGUUAUGUGUCCUGUCAGUUAUUUUCAUUACAUUGGAUUAAUAUUUAUUGAUUGUACUGUAAAGAGCAAUCAUUAUCUAAUAAAACCUUCCACUGGC